AUGGCGGUCAAGCUAGUCAAAGAUAGACAGAGUGCAAAAGGAACAAGGAGUGAUCCAUUCGGAAUGCGCGAGCUGAGAGGCAUGGAGGAAGGGGGCCAAGGCGAGGGAGGGAUGGCAAAGUUGGUGGAAAGUGCAGCACGGGAGGUGCUUUCAGCAGCAAUAAUCACAGGGGUGCUCGCGCUGUUCAUCAGCUCGCUGUUGGUUACCCGUUUACAUCUGCUCAUCCACGGCCUCACCCCCCUCGAGCACAUGGCCGUCGGCAAGUUUAAGGCCGAGCUCCUCCAACAGAUCCACCAUGCCUUCCCCGAUGCCCACCAUCACCAGAAUUCUUUGCCCCACCAAGCUGAGCUCUGGUCUCGUGCUCGCCUAAGACCACGCGCGGUGGAUACCGGCCAAAACCUUUCCACCCAGCAAGACGAGACAGCCCCUAAAUGCGCGACCCCGCCAUGCAAAAGUACAAAGAAACCUAUCUCGGGUAGAGUAGACCCCGCCACAGUAAAGGAGAACGUGAUCCACCAUCGUGCGACAAUCUCUACCAAGCCAUCAGGUUCUCUUAGAGCUAGAGACUGUACCCCUCAUGGCCCGAAAGCUUCACCAGUCCCACAAAAGCUUAAAAACACGCAGGCGUCUCAGAAGACCACAGAGAAAUCUCCCAAUCCCCCACCUCAGAAAAAGGAAAAGUCGGUCGAAACACCAGAACAACAUUCCAAACUACCUUUUCCCAACCAAAAGCAUGAGACUAAACCCUCGCGGCCCGUCCCCAAAGAAAAAGACAAGCCCACUACGAAAACUGUGGAACCGGUGCUCGAUUCUCCUACUAUUGAAAUCAAGCCCCGACCCAAGAAAAUACCCAGGCACAGUCCAUCGUCGUCCGAAACAGCCUACUUCCCAGUCCGAUGGCUUGCAGCCCACAAUGAAAUCCGAGAGAGGUACUCUGUCGGCAACCUCGUCUGGAGUUCAAAAUUGGAAGCCUCCGCUCAAGCUUGGGCAAACCGAUGCGUCUUCGAACAUUCUCAUGGUGAAGCCGGAGAAAAUAUUGCAGCCGGUCAACCGACAAUCGCGUCCGUUGUCAAGGAUUGGGUAUACGGCGAUAACGAAUGUGAGGCUUACGAUCCUAACCGGCCUGUUUAUUCUCAUUUUACCCAGGUUGUUUGGCGAGAUACAUCUCGUCUUGGUUGUGCGGUUAGUACAUGCUCCAAUCUUCCCGGAACGCCGUUGCAAGAUGCUCCUUUUUACGUCUGCCAAUACUCUUCAGCGGGAAAUGUCCUGGGCGAAUUCGACACCAAUGUCCUUGCCAAGGCUGGGCAAUGUCUGAAGUGA